AUGCCCGCAAUGGUGUCGGAGGAUCAGCUGUGUGAGUCCGUGCUAGAUUUUGUAACAAAUGGUACGUAUCCAGACUCCGAGGAUGUUGUUGCCUCCGAAUUCCCUGCGUCGGCCCUCCCUGAGGCAUUGCUCCGUAUAUCGAAAGCUCGAGAGCAAGCAGAGAAAGAAAUAAGCUCCCUAAGCGAACAGACUGCCUCCGACGUUGACGGGUGGAUUUCGCAGGCUAGACAGUUACAUGCGGACAUUGAACGGUCAAGGGAGACUGCGCGUGAGAUUGUUGUGCAACAUGAGAAUACCAAACCGCUUCAGUUGAAGGUUGAAGACGCUUCCACAAAGGUCCAUCUAUUACAGACAGAGAUUGCUUUCAAUGAGGCGGUAACGGAGACUCUGGAACAAAUUCAAGAAUUUCGUCGCCGACUCGAUGCUGGGCACAAGGCAGUUGAAGAAGGGCGGAUUGCCGACGCUAUAGAGUCUCUUGAACAUUCAGAGAAGACUAUAGAGACGGUCAAGUUCUCCACAAAUGGCAAUUUAACAAGCAUCCUAUCGGAGAAUAUUUCCGCGCUCCGAAAUUCCAUUAUCGAAUUUCUUCGCAUUCAGUGGGCUUCUGAAGUGCGGAUCGACAAGGAAAAGGGCGAGCUGUAUAUCAAGGAUCGUACAGACACGUCGUUGGAACAAACAAUUGAGUCGUUGUCCCGGCUUAAUGUGCUUGACGCUGUGAACAAAUCGUUCCAAAAAGACAUGCUGACGUCUAUAAUAUAUCCUAUCUUACAUUCUCCUGUCCAUGGUGAGACCAAUGACAUAUCAGUUGGAGAGUUUGGCAUUCGAAUUGAAAGGUCAACAUCACCCACACCGGUGUCCGCAAUCAUCGAUAGGGUCGACACAGUGCUGGGUUAUCUCCACCAACGUCUACCUGUUUCCAUUUCUAAGCCGCUUUCAGAAGAAAUCGUGCCAGUCGUUUCUUCGAAGCUGAUUGAUUCGUGGCUGUCACCAGCUAUACCUGUUGAUCUUCAUGGUCUGGACGCGUUCGAGAAGACAUUGGGUCGGGUGAUGGAAUUUUGCCAGACGGUCGAAGGAUUUGGGUGGCACGGACAAGAAGCACUUGUUUCCUGGGUGAAUCAAGUCCCCCGUCUUUGGCUAACUAGACGUCGAGUCGACGCAUUAGACCAAGUUCGUAAGGUUCUGGCUGGGAGCAAAGGCGCGACCAGGAAGGUCGAGAGGGUCGAGAAAGAAAUGGUCUCUAGUAAGGAUGAAGUCUUGCUGGAAGGAGGGACAAGUGAAGAUUGGGACGCCGGCUGGGGCAACGAAGAGGAGUCGAAAGGCCCAGCUCCUACGAAGGAAGUAGAUGACGAGGCAGAUGUUAGUGCAUGGGGUCUUGAGGAUGAAGAUAUAAAAGCCGAUAAUGGGCCUCCUGCAGCGGAGUCUGCUGAGGAUGACGAUGCCGGAGAUGCUUGGGGUUGGGGUGAUGAUGAAGAAGACCAAAUUCCUGAAGAAGGACAAAAAGCGGAUGCUACUGCCCCGAAACAUCAAAACGGUCAAGAGGCGAAGCAAUCUUCGUCUCCCAAGGAAAUCACGUUAACAGAGUACUACACUGUGACGGAUAUUCCGGAUUCCAUACUUGCCCUGAUUCGGCGCCAGGUUUCCGAUUCGGAGGCUCUAUCAACCCCAGAAUUUGCAAACAGUCGGGUUUCUUCUUCAGGAGCUGGGCUUCUUGCACUGCCGACUUUGAUCCUUGCCAUGUUUAAAGCUACGGCACUAUCUUUCUACACCUUGAAACUGAACGCCGGGCAAAUUUAUUUAUACAAUGAUAGCAUGUACCUGGCUGAGCAGAUCCGCAAGCUUGUGGAUGAGCAUCAACUCUCGAGACUCACUCCCGACAUAGAGGGUCUCGAGCGGUUUGGGAAGCUCUGCUACAGCAAAGAAAUGCAGACACAGCGCACGAUAGUGAUUGACCUGCUCGACGGCAGCCAAGGGUUCGCCCACUGCUCCGAGCAACCUUACCUUGGGGAAUGUGAAAACGCCAUUGAUGCCACGGUGGACCGAAUUCGAGACGUCUACAAGGAGUGGCAAUCCAUUCUCUCGCGUUCAGCUCUUCUCCAGGCAAUUGGCUCCCUUCUAUCGACGGUCAUCAACAAAGUUAUCAUCGAUAUUGAAGACCUUUCAGACAUUUCAGAAGCAGAAUCACAGCGACUGGUAUCUUUCUGCAAUAAGCUGUCAAAGCUGGAAGACCUCUUUAUGCCUGAGACCGCAGGCGACAAGGAGCCAGUCUCCAUGGCUGCCGUCUACGUUCGGAAUUGGUUGAAAUUCCAGUAUCUGAUCAACAUACUAGAGAGCUCGCUUGCCGAUAUCAAAUUCCUCUGGACGGAGGGCGAGUUGUCGUUUGAAUUCUCUGCCGAGGAGGUCAUCGAGUUGAUUGGGGCUCUCUUUGCUGAGUCGGAUCAUCGGCGGAGAGCGAUUGCGGAGAUUCGAAGAACAUCGCGGGCGAGAUAA